GCUCAUCCAUACUUAUAUCUCCUUUUUCUCAAAUUUUGAAACAUUGCUGGUAAAAGAAUAAAUAUACACAAUAUGACAUAGAAAAUAAUUCAAGAUUUGGAUUAUCCUUUAAUUGCUGCAAAAUCUAAGGCAGUAACUUAUAACUAAAAAGAAAAGAAAUGAGAAAACUAUGGUAAGAAUUCUAAAAAGAAAUGGUGCCAAAACGGAAAUUAACUGUUUACAAAAAAAAAAUAGAAAAAGAAAAGACCUCUUAUUAUGUUUUGAAGGAAAGAAAAACAAAAAACAAAAAACAAAAAACAAAUAAUCCAAGUUGCAAGCUAUAAAUGGGGAGAUCCGCAAAUUCCUGUAUAGAAGCCGAACGUGGAAAAGAACCAGGGGGCAUUAUCGUCAUUAAACACUCUCCAAUACUCCACACUCUCGCUCACAAAAGUCGGGAGAUGGACCUGCUCUCUUCUCUAUUCUCUCUCACUCUGUUUCUCUCUCUCUCUCUCUCUCUCUCUCUCUCUCUCUCUCUCUGUUGCUUACUUUCUAAUUAAUUCAGUAUCUGCAACUGUAAGUAAAUUGAAAUUUUAUUUAAAAGAAAAAAGGCAUAUAAUUUAUAAUCUGAGAUGAGCGUGGUUAGAACUCAAGGCAACUGUAUAGCCAUCCGUACCUUUUCCCCUUCCAUCACUAGAUGCCCUCACGCCUCCGCCUCUGCUUCUAAUCCUUCAGAUGAUGCCACUUGUGGAACACCUACUUGGAUUGGUAAGGGGCUCACUUGUGUUUGCUUCAAGCGAAAGGGAGCUUAUGAGAGAAUUUGCAUUAACUUGACACCCCAUCAGGAAGAAAGAUUGAAAAGACUGCGACACCGAAUGAAGAUCUAUUUUGAUGCUUCCAGGCCAGAUCACCAGGAAGCUUUAAGAGCACUAUGGUCAGCCACAUAUCCGGAUCAGCAGCUUCGUGGGCUGAUAUCUGAUCAGUGGAAAGAAAUGGGAUGGCAAGGAAGAGAUCCAUCUACUGAUUUUAGAGGAGCAGGCUUCAUUUCUUUGGAGAACCUCUUAUUCUUUGCCAAAACAUUCUCGACAUCAUUUCAACGCUUGUUAAAGAAGCAAGGGGGAAAGCGAUCUGCUUGGGAGUACCCAUUUGCUGUUGCUGGUGUAAAUGUCACAUUCAUGAUCAUGCAAAUGCUCGACCUUGAUGCCUCAAAACCUAGGACAUUUGUCAGAUCAGUUUUCUUACAGAUGUUGUCAGAAAAUGAAUGGGCUUUUGACUUGCUCUAUUGUGUGGCUUUUGUGGUCAUGGACAAGCAGUGGCUAGAGAGGAAUGCAACAUAUAUGGAGUUUAAUGAUGUAUUGAAAUGCACUAGGGCUCAAGUGGAAAGAGAACUUCUAAUGGAUGAUGUCCUCCGGAUUGAAGACAUGCCUUCUUAUAGCCUUCUCUCUUAGCAAUAACAAACUCAGGCUCAACUUGGUUUUUCACAAUUGCCAAAAAGAUAAAAAGAAAAAGGAAAGAGAAUUAGCAAGUUAACCAAACAGGGCCUAAAUAUUUAGACCAGACUGGUUCACAUCUCUAAUAUUUUAUUUUAGCUUUAAAGUUUGUACAAUCCCUAUAUCUCUUUCUUUUUGACAUUCUCAUACCUCUAAGUGAAUCUAAAAUCUAAUUGAAUUUUGGAGCA